UUUUUAUCUACACUUCACCAACAAAACAUCUCAAAAAAUGACUACUCACACUUUCACCACCCUCUCAAUCUCCCUCCUCCUCCUCCUCCUCCCUCUCACCACCACCGCCUCAAUGAUCCUCACCGUCGUCAACAACUGUCCCUUCACCAUCUGGCCAGCCAUCCAACCAAACUCCGGCCACCCAGUUCUCGAAAACGGCGGUUUCGCCCUCAACCAACAUUCCCAUCGCUCCUUCCCGGCCCCACCAACCCACUGGUCCGGCCGCAUCUGGGCUCGAACCGGCUGCACCCACACAUCCAACCAUAAAUUCACCUGCGCCACCGGCGACUGCGGUGGCAAACUAGAAUGCAACGGCUUAGGCGGCGCCACGCCAGCCACUCUAGCCCAAUUUUCUCUCCAUCAUUCUCACACUGACCAAUCAUCUUACGCCGUUAGUUUAGUCGAUGGUUUCAAUGUACCUAUGACUGUGACCCCACAUGAAGGAAAAGGCGUGUGUCCUGUUGUUGGAUGUAAGGUGGAUUUGUUAGCCACGUGUCCUUGGUCGUUACAAAAACACGUGGAUGGAAAAGUCGUGGGAUGUAAAAGUGGGUGUGAAGCUUUUAACACAGAUGAGCUAUGUUGUAGGGGGCAUUUUAAUAAUGCGAAUGUUUGUAAAGGAUCAAAAUGGUCUGAUUUUUUUAAGAAAUCUUGCCCUGCUACUUUUGCUUUUGCUCAUGAUAGUCCGUCGCUAAUGCAUGAUUGUUCGUCGCCAAAAGAGCUUAAGGUUAUUUUCUGUCACUAAAAUAAUUUAGGGCACGUGGUGUUAAUUUUAGGUUUAAUUAGUGUGGUAUUUGGAAUAAGUAGUACUACUAGUUAUAUUAGUGGUUAAUUUAUGAUUUUAUGUUGGUAGUUGUGGUUUGUUUUCUUGUUUGUUGUAUGGAACGUGCUAUGUAUUUGGAAGUGUAAUGUAGUGGUAGUAAUAUUUAAUGGAAUCUCACUUGGUGUUUCUCUA